GCGAGUGGGGUCGGCUUAUCAUGGCGGAUCGGACAGCUCCCAGCUGCCAGCUCCGGCUGGAGUGGGUGUACGGGUACCGGGGUCACCAGUGCCGCAACAACCUGUACUACACGGCCGGCAAGGAGGUGGUCUACUUUGUGGCUGGGGUCGGGGUGGUUUACAACACCCGCGAGCACAGCCAAAAAUUCUUCUUGGGACACAACGACGACAUUAUCAGCCUUGCCUUACACCCAGAUAAAACUCUUGUUGCAACUGGCCAAGUUGGGAAGGAGCCAUAUAUAUGUAUAUGGGAUUCCUAUAAUGUCCAGACUGUGUCUAUUCUUAAAGAUGUCCAUACACAUGGAGUUGCCUGCCUGGCUUUCGACUCAGAUGGACAGCGUUUAGCCUCUGUGGGAUUGGAUGCCAAAAACACAGUCUGCAUUUGGGACUGGAGGAAGGGAAAACUUCUGGCCUCAGCCACCGGCCACUCUGAUCGGAUUUUUGAUAUUUCCUGGGAUCCAUAUCAGCCAAACAGAGUGGUUAGCUGUGGAGUAAAACAUAUAAAGUUUUGGACUCUAUGUGGAAAUGCCCUGACUGCAAAAAGAGGGAUAUUUGGCAAAACAGGGGAUCUUCAGACCAUCCUUUGCCUUGCAUGUGCCAAAGAAGAUAUCACCUACUCUGGUGCUUUAAAUGGCGACAUCUACGUCUGGAAAGGGCUCAAUUUAGUUCGCACCAUUCAAGGAGCACAUAGUGCUGGAAUCUUUAGCAUGUAUGCUUGCGAAGAAGGCUUUGCCACUGGCGGACGAGAUGGGUGUAUACGAUUAUGGGACACUGAUUUCAAACCAAUAACCAAAAUUGAUCUCAGGGAGACAGAACAAGGAUAUAAAGGCCUCUCUAUCCGGAGUGUGUGCUGGAAAGCAGACCGCCUUUUAGCAGGGACCCAGGACAGUGAGAUAUUUGAAGUGAUCGUGCGAGAACGAGACAAGCCGAUGCUGAUCCUGCAAGGCCACUGUGAGGGGGAACUCUGGGCUCUGGCCCUGCACCCCAAGAAGCCACUGGCUGUGACAGGCAGUGAUGACCGCUCUGUCAGGCUGUGGAGCCUGGCUGACCAUGCCUUGAUUGCCCGCUGUAACAUGGAGGAAGCAGUUCGCAGCGUCGCUUUCAGCCCCGAUGGAUCUCAGUUGGCCCUGGGCAUGAAGGAUGGCUCUUUCAUUGUUCUCCGAGUUAGAGAUAUGACAGAAGUGGUUCAUAUCAAAGAUCGAAAAGAAGUCAUUCAUGAAAUGAAAUUUUCUCCAGAUGGUUCUUAUCUCGCAGUGGGGUCCAAUGAUGGCCCGGUAGACGUCUACGCUGUUGCCCAGCGGUAUAAGAAAAUUGGAGAAUGCAACAAGUCCCUUAGUUUCAUUACGCACAUUGACUGGUCUCUGGAUAGUAAAUACUUGCAAACUAAUGAUGGCGCAGGAGAACGACUGUUCUACAAAAUGCCGUCUGGAAAGCCUUUAACAAGUAAAGAAGAAAUCAAAGGGGUUCCCUGGGCCUCCUGGACAUGUGUGAAAGGUCCAGAAGUGAGUGGAAUUUGGCCAAAAUACACUGAUGUCACUGACAUCAACUCAGUGGAUGCAAAUUACAACAGCUCAGUGUUGGUGUCUGGAGAUGAUUUCGGACUGGUGAAGUUGUUUAAAUUUCCUUGUCUCAAGAAAGGAGCCAAAUUUAGAAAGUAUGUGGGCCAUUCUGCACAUGUCACAAACGUCCGAUGGUCUCAUGACUUUCAGUGGGUGUUGAGCACAGGAGGGGCUGACCACUCGCUUUUCCAGUGGAGAUUUAUUCCAGAAGGUGUCAGCAACGGCCUGCUGGAAACUGCACCCCAGGAAGGUGGCACUGAUUCCUACAGUGAAGAAUCUGACUCAGAUUUAUCCGAUGUGCCAGAGUUGGACUCUGAUAUUGAGCAAGAAACUCAAAUCAAUUAUGAUCGCCAGGUUUACAAAGAAGAUCUACCUCAGCUAAAGCAACAAAGUAAAGAGAAAAACCAUGCAGUGCCCUUCCUUAAGCGAGAAAAGGCUCCUGAGGACAGCUUGAAACUCCAGUUCAUACACGGUUAUAGAGGCUAUGACUGUAGAAACAAUCUGUUCUACACACAAGCUGGAGAAGUGGUCUACCACAUUGCUGCAGUUGCUGUUGUGUACAACAGGCAGCAGCACUCCCAGAGGCUGUACCUGGGGCACGAUGAUGACAUUCUCAGCCUGACCAUCCACCCAGUGAAGGACUAUGUGGCUACUGGGCAGGUUGGAAGAGAUGCUGCUGUUCAUGUGUGGGACACACAAACUCUAAAAUGUUUGUCACUCUUGAAAGGACAACAUCAGAGAGGAGUGUGUGCACUUGAUUUUUCAGCCGAUGGAAAAUGUCUGGUGUCGGUUGGUUUAGACGAUUUUCACAGUAUUGUAUUUUGGGACUGGAAAAAGGGAGAAAAGAUAGCCACAACAAGAGGACAUAAGGAUAAGAUAUUUGUGGUGAAGUGUAACCCUCACCAUGUGGACAAACUGGUUACGGUUGGGAUGAAGCACAUCAAAUUCUGGCAACAAGCAGGUGGGGGCUUCACCUCUAAAAGAGGAAUUUUUGGAAGUGUUGGAAAACUGGAAACAAUGAUGUGUGUUUCUUAUGGACGAAUGGAAGAUCUAGUAUUCUCAGGAGCAGCUACUGGAGAUAUUUUUAUUUGGAAAGACAUUCUGCUACUAAAGACAGUGAAAGCUCAUGAUGGGCCUGUGUUUGCUAUGUACGCGUUGGAUAAGGGUUUUGUAACAGGUGGAAAGGAUGGAAUCGUGGAGCUCUGGGAUGAUAUGUUUGAAAGAUGCUUGAAGACUUAUGCCAUUAAAAGAGCAGCAUUGUCUACUAGUUCAAAAGGCUUGCUUUUGGAAGAUAACCCUUCAAUUCGUGCCAUCACUUUGGGACAUGGACAUAUCCUGGUGGGAACAAAAAAUGGAGAGAUCCUGGAAAUCGAUAAAAGUGGCCCAAUGACACUGCUUGUUCAGGGGCACAUGGAAGGAGAAGUGUGGGGGCUGGCGGCUCACCCUCUCCUGCCCAUCUGUGCAACAGUGAGCGAUGAUAAAACGCUUCGCAUCUGGGAAUUAUCCUCCCAGCACCGCAUGCUGGCAGUACGGAAACUCAAAAAAGGUGGAAGAUGCUGUGCCUUCUCCCCUGAUGGGAAAGCCUUAGCAGUUGGCCUGAAUGAUGGGAGUUUCCUGGUUGUAAAUGCUGACACUGUUGAAGACAUGGUCUCCUUCCAUCACAGAAAAGAAAUGAUCUCUGAUAUUAAAUUUUCAAAAGAUACAGGAAAAUACCUUGCUGUGGCAUCCCAUGAUAACUUUGUGGAUAUUUACAACGUGCUUACAAGCAAAAGGGUUGGCAUCUGUAAAGGUGCUUCAAGUUAUAUCACACAUAUUGACUGGGACUCUAGAGGAAAAUUAUUACAAGUAAAUUCGGGUGCCAAAGAACAACUCUUUUUUGAAGCUCCAAGAGGCAAACGGCAUAUAAUAAGACCCUCGGAGAUUGAGAAGAUAGAGUGGGACACGUGGACCUGUGUCCUGGGGCCCACCUGUGAGGGAAUCUGGCCAGCACAUAGCGAUGUGACUGAUGUAAAUGCUGCCAGUCUUACCAAAGACUGUUCCCUCUUAGCCACUGGAGAUGAUUUUGGUUUCGUUAAGCUUUUUUCAUAUCCUGUCAAGGGCCAGCACGCAAGAUUCAAGAAGUAUGUAGGGCACAGUGCACAUGUCACCAAUGUGAGAUGGCUGCACAAUGACUCUGUGCUGCUCACGGUUGGCGGCGCUGACACAGCCUUGAUGAUCUGGACAAGGGAGUUUGUGGGGACCCAGGAGAGUAAGUUGGUGGACAGUGAGGAAUCGGACACCGACGUGGAAGAGGAUGGAGGCUAUGACAGUGAUGUUGCUAGAGAAAAGGCCAUUGAUUACACCACCAAGAUCUAUGCUGUGAGCAUCAGGGAAAUGGAAGGCACCAAACCACACCAGCAGAUGAAAGAAGUUUCGAUGGAAGAAAGACCACCUGUUAGCAGAGCAGCUCCCCAGCCUGAGAAACUCCAGAAGAACAAUAUCACCAAAAAAAAGAAACUGGUUGAGGAGCUGGCUCUCGACCACGUGUUCGGCUACAGAGGCUUCGACUGUCGCAAUAACCUGCAUUACCUGAAUGACGGCGCCGACAUCAUCUUCCACACAGCAGCGGCUGGCGUUGUUCAGAACCUGUCCACAGGGAGCCAGAGCUUCUACCUGGAGCACACAGAUGACAUCCUCUGCCUCACCGUGAACCAGCACCCCAAGUACAGAAACGUGGUGGCCACCAGCCAGAUAGGUGAUAUGACGGAGACCCCAGGAACAACACCUUCAAUCCACAUAUGGGACGCCAUGACCAAACACACCCUCUCCAUGCUGCGGUGCUUCCACACGAAGGGGGUGAAUUAUAUCAACUUCAGUGCAACCGGAAAGCUCCUGGUGUCAGUGGGCGUGGACCCUGAGCACACCAUCACCGUCUGGCGUUGGCAGGAAGGUGCCAAGGUUGCCAGCCGAGGGGGUCACCUGGAACGCAUAUUUGUGGUGGAAUUUCGUCCCGACUCAGACACGCAGUUUGUGUCUGUUGGGGUCAAACAUAUGAAGUUCUGGACCCUGGCAGGCAGCGCCCUGCUUUACAAGAAAGGGGUCAUCGGGUCCAUGGAGGCUGCCAAGAUGCAGACGAUGCUCUCCGUGGCCUUCGGUGCUAACAACCUCACUUUCACGGGUGCCAUCAAUGGAGACGUCUACGUGUGGAAGGACCACUUCCUCAUCCGACUGGUGGCCAAGGCGCACACAGGCCCCGUCUUCACCAUGUACACGACCCUUCGGGAUGGACUCAUAGUGACCGGCGGAAAAGAGCGGCCGACCAAAGAAGGAGGUGCUGUAAAAUUGUGGGACCAGGAAAUGAAGCGCUGCCGGGCCUUCCAGCUGGAGACGGGACAGCUGGUGGAGUGCGUGCGCUCCGUGUGCCGCGGCAAAGGAAAAAUUUUAGUGGGAACCAAAGAUGGAGAAAUAAUUGAAGUUGGUGAAAAAAAUGCUGCUUCCAACAUCCUGAUUGAUGGACACAUGGAAGGGGAGAUCUGGGGCCUGGCCACACACCCCUCCAAGGACAUCUUCAUCUCUGCCAGUAACGAUGGCACAGCCCGCAUCUGGGACCUGGCUGACAAGAAGCUGCUAAACAAGGUGAACCUGGGCCACGCGGCCAGGUGUGCAGCCUACAGCCCUGACGGGGAGAUGGUGGCCAUUGGCAUGAAGAAUGGAGAGUUUGUCAUCUUGUUGGUGAACAGCCUGAAAGUGUGGGGGAAGAAACGAGACCGGAAAUCUGCUAUCCAAGAUAUCAGAAUCAGCCCAGACAGCAGAUUCUUAGCCGUUGGUUCUUCUGAACACACAGUUGACUUCUAUGACCUCACUCAGGGCACGAGCCUGAAUCGCAUUGGCUACUGCAAAGAUAUCCCAAGCUUCGUCGUUCAGAUGGAUUUUUCCGCAGAUGGCAAAUACAUCCAGGUGUCAACAGGAGCCUACAAGCGCCAGGUGCAUGAGGUCCCCCUGGGGAAGCAGGUAACAGAAGCCGUGGUCAUUGAGAAGAUCACCUGGGCCUCCUGGACAAGCAUUCUGGGAGAUGAAGUCAUUGGCAUCUGGCCGAGAAAUGCAGACAAGGCUGAUGUCAACUGCGCAUGUGUGACCCAUGCUGGCCUCAACAUUGUCACAGGAGAUGACUUUGGGCUGGUGAAGCUCUUUGAUUUUCCAUGCACAGAAAAAUUUGCCAAACACAAGCGUUACUUUGGUCACUCGGCUCAUGUGACGAACAUCCGUUUCUCUCAUGAUGACAAGUAUGUGGUCAGCACUGGAGGAGACGACUGCAGUGUAUUUGUGUGGCGAUGUCUGUAAAUGCCAGAAACCUCUUCCUUUAUUGCUGCUGCUGCUACUACCCAGCAACUGCAGAGGCAGUGAUGAGGCACCUCCUCCCCCCCGGCUGCUGGGAAAUGCCUACAAUGCUGCGGGCCGCACAAGCUGGAAGUGCGAGUGAGGUGGUGUGACUGCCCCCGUCAUCUGGAAUCUCCAAAACUGAGACCAAGGAAGGUCAGUUCUAACAUGUUAAGACUGCUUCCCUAUGUUCCCGAGACUACACACUAUACAUACUAACUACAUUGACGAAAAAUCCUGAUAAUGUAGCCCACUGACAAAAUUUAAAGCCUGUUACCCUAACCAAUAUGUAGCUUUUCAUUUGCAUCGAAACUUUUACAAAAGAUGUUUUGCUAUGUUUCUAUAUACUUUAAAAAUGUUCGUUUUUACAAAUAAGUUGAACAAGACAGCUUAAGUUAGAUGCACCGAAGUACCAGAAAUAUUGAUAGCCUCUGUUCUCCACAUUUAGCUUUCAAAACCAAAUGAGCCACGUAUGAACAAGUUGAGAAACUUAAUUUUUUAAAGCUUCAUUUGCAGAGUUUUAUAUUCAUUAAGUGCCUUUGCAAGUUUCCCGUUGUGUGGGCUGUUGUCUCACCUCCCACAGAUUAUCUCUUUUCUACAUAUGGUGCUAACACCUCAACGCUGAGGACGGCUACAGACCCUGAGCAGAUUCCUGGUCUGUCACCCAUGUCAUGUGUUUAUGUCAAGGCUUCCUAAAUGAAACACAUCAGUUACCAACUUAGGAAAUAGUGGCUAUGGGAAGGUGAGCAGCAAAGAAACGUAAAUUCAGGAGGGACGGGGUAGAAUGGGUUUUCAAUACGUUUAGUGCCAAACCCACAAAAUCCAAAAUAGAAUUCAAAUAAAAUAAACCUCUACUACAACGUGGAAGUGAAAAAAGCUCAAGCUGGUCCAGGAAGAUGAGCUGAUUUAUCUUGUUAAAUUGAAAAUGGUAAUGAACGUGGUGACCUGAGGCUGCACUGGGUUUACCAUUCCCAGAGUAGGGUUGGCUUGACCCCACGGAUUUGCUUCAGGUGAACUAUGUAGGUUAAGUCCAGAUUUAAAAAAAAAAAAAUUCUCUGCAAAACAAAUUUCUUGGCUCAAGCAAUAUUUGAUAAAUCAAGAUUAUAAAACAAAAUAAUCUAGCUUAGAGUUCCUCAGAGUUGGUUGGUUGGAUAAAAGAAUGUGACUUGGAAAAUAGUAACCGGAAGACAUCCCUGAACCACCUCAAUCACACUUUAUACUCAGUCCACCACUGACCACAGUAGAGGGCUGACGACACACACUGAAGGGAAGGCUGGAGAGGGACUGGGGGCUCUGAGCAUAUAUAUGCCAAUUAGUCCUUCUGGUUAGUGAAUUAGAAUUCUGGCUCUGAAGUACUGGCUAUUUGCAGUUGUCAGUUUAGAGAAAAGGAGAAAUGAAGCAUUUUCAAUUAAAUAGAUUAAUAUUCACCACAGAAGUGCUUCAGCAUUCUAAAUGGAUUAGAUCACUCAUUAAGCUAUUUUUAUAUGCCAAUUUAUUAAUGCCUUACAUUAAUCCAAUGAUAGGUUGUUGGGCCCACAGUUAGAGUCCCUAUGCAGUCCUAAUUCUGUUUUCUGUAACCAUGUGACUGGUGAUGCUGAGUUGAUAACCAUGUCUGCCUAUAUUGUACCACUGACCUUUCAUACUGACUGGAUCUUGCAUUGAAAUAACCAUGUGGAAGAACACUGAGUUGAUCAAUGAUGAUAUGUACAACUAUAUUUAAAGAGCAAUAGUGUCUAUGUGUCAAGAAAACUUCUUAAAUCUUAUUUGUAAACAACAUUUAUAUGGUAUGAGUUUAUGUUCAUAAAUCCUGCACUGUAUUCCACUAUAUGUUAAGAUAUUGGUGCAUGAAUUUAUUUUCAAAGUAUGAAAAAUACAUAAUUUAAAAACAUUUUGGUAUGUGUCAAAUAAAUUUGAUUAUGUAAACAUGUCCUUUUGUUUUCAAAGUAAACACAGCUGCACCACGAGCUGAAACCCUUUCUAAAAGUACAAGCGUCCACCCACCGGUCAAAGCAAAGACUAUCCUUUGUGUAUACUUUUAAUCUGCAGUUUCAUGAAACCAAAAUACCAAACAUAUUUUAAGUCUAUAAGCUUUAUUGAUACUUUGCUUUUACAGUUCACAAUGCAUUCCACAGAUUUAGUUCAGUACAGCUUAAACCACAAUUGUAUAAAUCUUCAUUUUAUGAUUUCUUGCAUAACAAUGUUUGAUAUUUGCAAACAACGUUUUUGGAAGCAUUAGAUUCAGUCCACAGAGUCAGAGUUUGUGACAAAAUUAACUAUAGCAAGUCUGUGCGAUGCAGUCGACGUGAAGAGUUCUAUGUGCAUGGCGUCGGUUCACGUUGAAAACAGAUGGUAGUGCACCUAGAAAUAUAUUUUCUUUUUCUAGCUUAUGUGCUUUGGAACUACACACGUACAACCAAAGACUCUCUGAAAGAUCAAGCACUGUGGGGCAGCUGGAAGGUAAAGGUCUCUAAGCUUUGUGAAACACUAUAUAUAGAUAUAUAUAUAAUCUAUAUUUACUUAUAUUGGCAAUUAAUAUAACAGUAAAAUUCACAAUACACCUAGAACAUACCAGAAAGGCAAGUUUUUUCACUUCUGCUUUAGUG